AUGGCGGCGGCUAGAGAGGAGUCGUUCGUGAGGCACUCGUAUUGUCUCAUUCUGCUGGUCGACUGCGAAUUGGUUAGUGGCGUACCAGCCAGUGUUGGAGAAAACGCCGUCCUGAUUGUCGAGUGGUGGGCCCAGCCCGGAAUUGGUGGUGAAUUUGCACAUGUUGGUCCAGAGGCUGAGGGCCCGGCAUUCCCGGAGCAUGUCUUCGUUGAAUUUGGGGGGAAGGGCAUGGACGUAAAUGUACCGGCCACCGCACGGGUCGCUUUUGUUGUCCACCGUCUGAAGAGCUCUCAUGAACGGGAAGUGUGCGGGUUUGGGUUCGGGUUCGGACUUUACCUUUUUCCUCGGGUUAUUUUGGUUUGUUGGAUUAACGGGUCGGGUUUGGGAGUUGUUCUGGUCGAUCCGAGUUUGGGCUUUGAGAUUCGAGCCGUUUUUGGGAUUGGAAUCGGAUCCCGGAUCGAGGGAAAUGGGCGGGUGGAAUUGAGGCGAAUUUCCGACGAUCGGAACAAUACUGCCGCCGCCGCUGAACGCCGAGAAAUGGAAAUACAGCAGACAGAACCAAAAGAAAGCCGAUAG